GAGCCUAGGCCUAGUGGCGGGAUGGCGCAGCCCAGAGCUGGCUGCCGAGCGGCUCUCCCGGACGUCUUGCGGAUGUAGGCAAGGGAGUGGGUGACCCAGUUCCGGGGACUUCCUGAUCCGGCAUUCAGAGGCAUGCCCUGCUCGGAUCUUGGCGAAUAGACAGACGUUUACUCGAGAGGAGAGUUAGAACCGUUCCCUGAUCACUCAGCUGCUAAAUGGAGUGAAAGCAGUGACUUGAUACAUUCGGCAACACAGUGCUGGAGCUGAGCUCCCGCCGGCCACUCUGAACUGGCACAGGGAGGUCCCCGCAGAUCUAAAGCAAUAUGGAUCUGCCUGUGGAUGAGUGGAAAUCCUACGUUCUUCAAAAGUGGUCUUUGCUCCCAAAGUCUAUUCAGGGUACAAUUUCUGCAGCAGAGACUUUGAGUGACAUCUUCCUUCAUUCCUCUUCACUUCUUCAACCAGAGGAUGAGAUGUUUUUAAAAAGACUUUCUAGAAACUACCUUGUGGGUAAGGACCCCAGAGCUCCUCUUUUCUACAGAGAACAAGGAAACAAGAAAUUUCAGGAGAAGGAGUAUAUGGGAGCCACAGUGUUUUACUCUAAGGGAGUGUCACAUUCAAGACCUAACACCGAGGACAUUUCACUUUGUUAUGCCAACCGCUCUGCAGCCCUUUUCCGCCUGGGUCAGUAUGAAGCAUGUCUUAAAGACAUCACCAGAGCCCAGGUGCAUGGGUAUCCAGAAAGAUUACAACACAAGAUGAUGUUGCGUAAGGCAGAGUGUCUGGUGACCCUGGGGAGGCUCCAGGAGGCAAGCCAAGCCAUCAGUGACCUUGAAGGGAGCUUCACUGCCAGACCAACCCUAGCAACUCCCCAGUCUCAAGUUCUGCAGAAAAGCCUCUCUCGUCUGAAAAUGAAACUACAAGAGAAAGAGAACCUCAUAGAAACCCCUCCAGCUGUUCUGAGCACAGCCUGUGAGGAGGAUAUGGGCCUCAGGGAAAGGAGUGAGCAAAUUCCCAGUGCCUCGUCCUCCGUCCGCUUAUGCACAGAUCCUUUAAAAGGCCGCUAUCUGGUCGCCACAGAAGAUAUUCUCCCAGGACAGCUCCUGGUGAGGGAGGAUGCUUUUGUAAGUGUCCUUAACCCAGGAGAACUGCCACCACUACAUCAUGGCCUAGAAAGCGAGUGGGAUACCAGGGUCACCAAUGGGGACCUCUAUUGUCACCGGUGUUUGAAGCGCACUUUGGCUACAGUCCCCUGUGGCGGGUGCAGCUAUGCCAAGUAUUGCAGCCAGGAGUGUCUGCAGCAGGCCUGGCAUCUGUACCAUAGUAUAGAGUGCUCUGUGGGGGGGCUGCUUCUCACACUUGGGGUCUUUUGCCAUGUCGCUCUGAGGUCAACUCUUUUAGCUAGAUUUGAAGAAUCUGGCCAAGUCCUGAAGAAGCUUUGUGGUAAGAUUGGUAACAAAGACAUCUGUUUGCCUGAAAGCAAGAAUCCGAUGAAAAAAUUCCCCUAUGACCUGGGAGGAGAGAGUGGGGAAAAUGACAAAUCAAUUGAGACCCCGAUUCCUGGGUGUGAUACUAAUGGGAAGUAUGAAAAUAAUUACAAUGCUGUCUUCAACCUUUUGCCCCAUACGGAAAACCAUAGCCCAGAGCACAAAUUUGUCUGUGCACUGAGUGUUUCUGCACUGUGCAAACAGCUGGAAGAAUCCAGCAUGGUGGAAGAAUCCAGCCUGCAGGCCCCCACAACAGGUCUGAAAUCCUCUAAGCUGGAAGCCGCGGAGACUCCUGCAUUGUGUGCAGAGUUGGAUAUUUGGGGAGUGGCCAUGCUGAGACACAUGCUGCAACUGCAGUGUAAUGCUCAGGCAAUAACUACCAUACAGCAAACAGGAUCUGAAGAGAGAAUCGUUACUGACAGCAGGCAGGUCCGCCUUGCCACAGCUGUCUUCCCUGUUACCAGCCUCCUGAACCAUUCCUGCAGCCCCAACACCAGUGUGACCUUUAUUAGCACCGUCGCCUGUGUGCGGGCAUCCCAGAAGAUUGGAAAAGGACAAGAGAUUCUCCACUGCUAUGGCCCUCAUGAGAGCAGAAUGGCUGUUGCUAAAAGACAGCAGAAACUGAGGUCUCAGUACUUCUUUGACUGCACCUGCCCAGCUUGCCAAAAUGAGAAGCACAGAAUUGGUACAGGGCCCAGGUGGGAAGGAUUCUGUUGUAACAGAUGCAGAACACCCUUACAGGGCAGUAACGUGCUGAGCUGUGGCAACACACCUUGUAUGGAAUCAGUCAGGAGGGACCACCUAGACUCGCGGUUACAGGACCUUCAGCAGCAAAUUGGGAUGGCCCAGAAGCUUCUCAGGAAGGGUCAACUAGAGCAAGCCGUCCCGCUGCUGUUGGGGUGCCAGCGUGAAGCUGAGCGCUUCCUGUGUGAAGAACACACUGUGAUGGGGGAGGUCGAGGAUAACCUGGCACAGGCCUAUGCUGCUGCAGGGGACUGGCAGAAAUCUGCUGCCCAUCUCCAGAAGAGUCUCCGAGUAGUUGAGCUUCGCCAUGGGCCAUCCAGCAUUGAAAUGGGCCAUGAGCUCUUCAAGCUGGCACAGGUCUUUUUCAAUGGGUUUGCAAUAACCGAAGCCCUGAGUACAAUACAAAAGGCAGAAAAGGUCCUGUUGAUACACUGUGGCCCUUGGGAUGAUGAGAUCCAGGAGCUUCAAAAGAUGAAAUCCUGUUUGCUGGACUUGUCACCUAUUCCUGGAGGACCUUCAAUGUAGGGAACUUCAGCCCACCGGAAAGUAGCCCAAGGAAGAGGAGUUAAAGCAGUGCCCUGGCUGCUGGGCUGUCACCGGCCAAUACAGGACUUGCCUGUCAGUCCCAGCUUAGUGCAUGAGGGGAGGGAAGGACUUGGACAUCGUUGCAGUUGGAGAGAAGACACUCAUCUAUUUUCACUCCUAUUUCCUGAAACAGUUAACUCCCCUGCAGUAAAAACACCCCAGUUCCCAGAAAAUAACUUAAAACCAGUAUCCAGAGAACCUAAGCCCUUGAAAAGCAUUUUAGCUGAUCCACAGGCAGCUGAAGGUUAGCCUGGGGUGUUGGCUAGACUCCACCUCACUAAACGAUGAUAGUCUGCUUCCCUGGAACACUGGAUGGUUUCUGGUAGUAAUGAAAUGCUGUGUACCACUCCAGUGGGAACAUAAACUUGCAUAGUUGUAUUGUAAUUGAAAAGUAAUUAUAAAGCAAGGCUCCUCACCUCAGGAGACAUGGUUUCAUUUGUGACAGCUGGCUUCCUCGGAUCCUUUGUUAAAACUUGUCAAGUGGGAGUCGGGCGGUAGCACAGCAGGUUAAGCACACUUCAAGCAAAGCACAAGGACCUGCGUAAGGAUCCCAGUUCGAGCCACAGCUCCCCACCUGCAGGGGAGUCACUUCACAGGCAGUGAAGCAGGUCUGCAGGUGUCUAUCUUUCUCUCCCCCUCUCUCUCUUCCCCUGCUCUCACCAUUUCUCUCUUUCCUAUCCAAUAAUAACUACAACAAUAAAACAACAAGGGCAACAAAAGGGAAAAUAAAUAUUUUUUAAAAUUUUUUUAAUUGAAAAAAGGGAGUCGGGCUGUAGUGCAGCGGGUUAAGCACAUGUGGCACAAAGCGCAAGGACUGGCAUAAGGAUCCCGGUUUGAGGGCCCCGGCUCCCCAUCUGCAAAGAAGGCACUUCACAAGUGGUGAAGCAGGUUUGCAGGUGUCUUUCUCCCCCCCUCUUUUUCUCCCCUCCUCUCUGCGCUACCACCUGACUCCCAAGACUGCUAAUUCUAUCAGGCCUCCCUAAACUAGCAGAGGAAAUACUGACUAGGUAAAAACACUGGGGGAUGGGAUGUGGUUCAGAAGAUGCUGAGCACUGCUGCUUAUGGUUCCAAGCUUGAGCUAGAAGGUGGAAAUGAUGGCUCCUUUCCAUCUGGGUGUGUAGCAGUAAUCUCAGAGCAGCUCUGUGAGAAGGGUCUUUGGGCCUGCACCCUGUUCUAUCACCUCUAGUAACUAAGUGGUUCUGAUGAGGUUUGAAAACGAGUGAAGCUUUCUGAGUGGUGAAGCAGUACACAGAUGUCUUUCUCCUUUUCCUUUUUUUAAAUAUAUUUUUUUAUUUAUGUAUUUAUUGGAUAGAGACACUUUUUAUAGAGGAGGGUGAGACUGAAGGGGAAAGAGGUAGAGAGACACCUGCAGCCCUGCUUCACCACUUGUAAAGAUUUUCCCCCUGCAGGUGGGGACCAGGGGCUUGAACCUGGGUCCUUGCUCACUGUAAUUGUGUUUAACCAGGUGCACCACUGCCUGGCUCCCUCUCUCUCCUUUUCUAUCUUCCCCUUCCUUCUCAAUUUCUCUCUGUAUCUAUUCAAACUAAAUUAAAAAAAUUAAAAAUGUCCUUUUUUUCUUUAAUGGCCACCUGGAGCAGUCGACUCAUCUUGCAGACACUGAGCUCCAGAAAGAACCCUGGUGGCAGUGGAAAAAAGAAAGAAAAAUAAUAACAUAUUCAUACUGCUUUGAGAGCUUGCCCACUUUGGAAAUGCCCAAGAAGUACCUGUUGGUUGCCACAGAAUUGUAAUCAGGAAAUGAAUAACCCUGAAGACGCCUGGCAGUAACUUUGCAGGAAGCUGAGCAUGUAGUACACAGCCCUCUGACUGACACUUGUGAAUCUCAUUUAUAUUCCUUUCUGCUAACUCACUUCAGUAACCAUUGAGAUUUUUUGGUAGAACUUUUUCAAGGGAAAAAAAAAUCAUCUGGGGAGGUGGUCAGUGGAUAGUGGGUAUUCCUGGCUGCAGGAGGCCCCCGUGUCUCCCCAGAAUCAUGUGUGAGCCAUAGUAUCCUGGUCUCUCUUUCAUAAAACAGACCUUUCAAUAAAAGAGAUAAAGGUCUUGGCAGAUAACACAGCAGUUACACAGCAGAUCUUUAUUCCUGAGAUUCCAAGGUCCCAGGUUAAACCCCCAACACCACCAUAAGCCAGAGCUGAAAAUACUCGGAGGUCGGGGAGGGGAGAGGACAGGAAAGAGGAAAGAAAGAAAAAGAAAAAAAGCAUAGAAUCAUAUAAAAUUUAGUCCUAAAUUCUUUUUUAUUUAUUUAUUUUUUUAUUUAAGAAAGGAAAAAUUAACAAAACCAUAGGGUAGGAGGGGUACAACUCCACACAAUUCCCACCACCCAGUCUCCAUAUCCCAUUCCCUCCCCUGAUAACUUUCCCAUUCUCUAUCCCU